CUCAUAUUCACCCCUCCAACAGAAGGCUUCUUGCCGCUGAAGCUUGGUCGCCAUGUCGGACGAGUCGAAGCCCAAAGGCUUCCCGGACAUAUCGGCCAAACUGUCUGCAAUCCCCAAGAAAUCGCUCUUUGAACGCCAGAAAGCCGAAGCCGAAGCCAAACGUGCCCGAGAGCAAGCCGAGACCGCCGCGGUUUAUGAGGACUUCGUCAAGUCGUUUGAAGAUGAUUCCCACGGCCCCGAUCGUCAUUCCGGUGAUGGAAGAUUGAACAAGUUUCCGCCCAAGACCCCGGGUUUUGGAGGAGGCCCUGGAAGACGCCAUUUUACAAGCUCUGGCCCGCGCAUGAGUGGCCCCGGCACUCUGGGUCCUCCGCCGCCGUCAAUUUCUCGAAAGCGCACCCACGAAGGGUCCCAUUCACAGCACCGGACUCGGGAUACAACACAAGGGAUACUGGGCUUUGAUAACGCCGCGCCCAGUUCGGCUGCGGCGGCGUCAGCUUUCCGUGCUUCAGAUGAUGAAGACGAAGGAGCCGGUGAUGCGAAAGAGGCUGAAAGAGCUGCUGCUAAACCUACGCUAUACCUAGCAUCCCUCCCUCCGGGAACAUCGCCCUCGGUGCUGAAGUCUCUCAUACCAUCCGUGCUGACUGUGGACAAUGUCAAGAUCCUGCGCCCCCCGGGCCAGCCUAUAACCGACCGGAAAUCGGUAGCCGCCAUUGUGACUCUGGCAAACGAAUCUGCGGCUUCCGACAUUGAUAGCACGGUUAGCGCUCUUCAGAACAGAUACCUAGGAUGGGGAUAUUACUUGACGAUCUCGAGACACCUCUCCUCCGCCGCUAUUGGUUCGACGAUGCCGGUCACUGUCGGCCUGUCUUCGGCAUGCUCUCUCCCUUUUGGCGCCAAGUCGGUAGCGCCUGAUAUCCCAGGGCGGCUGAAUCGCGCUCCGCCACCAGGGCUGCAUCGUGGGGGAUUUGCGCCACCAUCAUCGUAUGGACCGGCACACGGGAGGGGUGGUCCUUCCACACAGGUUGAGGUGAAAGCACCGUCAGACCUGAAACAGCUAAAGCUGAUCCAUAAAACUCUGGAGAAUCUAUUGAAUCAUGGCCCAGAGUUCGAGGCACUACUGAUGAGCAGACCAGUGGUUCAAAAAGACGAAAAAUGGGCAUGGUUAUGGAAUGCCAGAAGUGCUGGUGGGGUGUACUACCGGUGGAAACUAUGGGAAAUCCUCACGAACAGCCGCCCUGUUACUAGCCGACGAGGCAGGCCUCCGACUCCAUCGACUAUCUUCGAGGGUGGUGCAAACUGGGUUCCGCCGGAGGCGCAUAUUAAAUUCGAAUAUACAACCCGCAUGGACGAGUUUGUGACGGAUGAUGACUACGACUCUUCCGACGAGGAGAUGUCCGAUUAUGAGGAUGAAAGACGAAAUCUGGGAGGGGCACCGCCAGCCGAGGGGCCUGGUGCAAACAAAGAGGGGCUAGGCUACAUGAAUCCAUUGCAGAAGGCCAAGCUGACCCAUUUACUUGCUCGACUUCCGACUACGCAUGCCAAGCUGCGGAAAGGUGACGUUGCACGAGUUACUGCUUUCGCCAUCGAGCAUGCGGGUGCAGGAGCCGAUGAAGUCGUGGAAAUGAUCGUGUCGAACAUCAUCAAUCCCUUCGCCUACACUGGUGCUAAUCCCGAUCGCGAAGCAGAGAAAGGUCUUGCUCGACGAGAACAAGCAGGAGACCUGGCCAACGACAACCCGGCCGAGGAAGGGCGGGCAUCCAUGAAAGAGACUCUGGAUCUAUCUUCUGCCAAAUUAGUUGGCCUCUACCUUGUAUCAGAUAUCCUUUCCUCUUCUGCCACGAGCGGCGUGCGCCAUGCGUGGCGUUACCGGCAGCUUUUUGAGUCUGCCUUGAAGAUACACCAGGUAUUUGAGCAUCUCGGGAGACUCGAAAAAGACUUGAGGUGGGGACGACUGAGGGCCGAAAAGUGGAAACGCAGCGUUGGCUCUCUUCUGCAUCUGUGGGAAGGCUGGUGUGUGUUCCCGCAAUCAAGCCAGGAGCACUUCUUCCAGAUCUUUGAGAAGCCACCACUCACGGAAGCGGAACUGCAGGAGGAGAGGGAGAAGGCCGAGGCCGAACGGGCUGCGAGUGCGUUUUCUAAGAACAAGAGCCGUUGGAAGACAGUUGAUGAAGAUGCUUCCUCCGGGAAGUUUGACCCCGGACGAGCUCCGGAAACCGAUCCUCAUCGGAUGGAUAUCGACCAGGAGAAUGUUGCGUCUGCAGGGGCCGAAGACUUUGAUGGAGAAUCCAUGAGCGAUAUCGAUGGGGAGCCAAUGGAAGACAGUGACCUGGAAGGGCCGGAUGGGGAGCCAUUGGAAGAGGAACCCCCCGAGGAGGAUAGUGGCCUGAAGGAGCAGCCUGAGAAACCAGCCGAGCCCUCCGCCCAACCAGAACCUCACCCCCCAGCCCGCAAACCCCGACCUAGAGCAGAAGACAUGUUUGCGGACUCGGACUCGGAUUGAGGGCAUGGAAUUGGAGGGUGAUGUUAAACGAUCUAUCUAUAUUAUAAUGAUGUCUGGGUACAACUUCGUUGUCAUAUAAUGCGGAUUUUAAGCGAGCCCAGAAUUGAAGCCAUGAACCAUGCGGC